AUGGCGGGCGAUGGAAAGACAUGUGCAGCAGCUGCUGCUGCAGCAUCCGAUGAUGCAAGAGCCGAUGUCUCUGCUCGGCAGGCUCCCAGCUCCCCAAUUCCUGGAGCAGCAGCAGCAGCACCAGCAGCAGCAGCAGCAGCAGCAGCAGAUCUGUCAACUUCUUCUAGCGACGAAUCUACUGUAAGGCUGCAGACAAGAGAGACAGGCGAUUGCUUAGAGUGUAGGCAGCAUCUGCUGUCUGUCUUAGCUGCUGUGGUGCGGGCAUUGGGCCCUAACAGGCGGCCUUCUGCUGCUGCUGCUGCAGCAGCAGCAGCAGCAGCAGCAGCAGACCAGGAGGCUUCGGCGGCAGAGGAGGCAGCAGAAGCAGCAGGGCGGGAAGCUGAAGCAGCAGCGAAAGAAGCUGCACGUCUUAGUGGAAAGGCAGGUGCAGCAGCGGCAGCAGCAGCAGCUGCAGCUGCAGCAGAGGCGGCAGAGCAAGCAGAGGCAAAUGCAGCAGCAGCAGCAGAAGCAGCAGCAGCAGCAGAAACAGCAGAAGCAGAUCAUAUGGAUGGAUUCGUCUCUGUGUCUCUUGAGGAGCUGCAGCUGCUAGCAGAAGCAGCAGGAGACCCAACACAGGCAGCAGCACUGCUGCAGCACAACGGAGCAGAGUUGCUGCUGCUGCUGCUGCAGCAGUGGGUACUUCCUGGUCUUGAGAGUCUUUCUUCUUCUUCUGCAUCGCAGCAGCAGCAACAGCAGCAGCAGCAGCCACAGGGAGGCCCCUCUGCUGCUGCUGUUGCAGUUAGCCGCAGACUCCUCCGUGUCUGCCGCAAGGCAGGUGUAUCUGCAGCAACAAUUGCUGAGUUGCUGCUGAUGGCAGCAGCAAAUCUUAUUUCUUUUAGUCCUAGUAUAGAGGAUAUGCAAGAAGAAGCAGGAGGUGCUGCAUCUGCUGCUGCUGCUGCACUUGCUGCUGCUCUCCCUCUUGCUGCUGAUGUAUUUGCUGCUGCAGUACUUAGCUGCACCCAUGCAGGCGCAUUAAAGGAAGCUCUUAGGGGUCUAUCUGCUGCACUGAGUCUGCGGCAGCAGGAGCAGCAGCAGCAGCAGCAGACACUGCAGCAGCAGCUGGAAGAAGCUAGGAAUAGACGGCUGCUGCUGCUGCGUGCUGCACCAACAGAAGCAGCAGCAGAGGAUCUGCUGUCGCGGUGCAUGCAUGUGCUGCGGCAGGCGCUGCACGAGCCGCUGCUGAGUGCAGCAGCGCAUGCAGUGGCGCUGCUGCUGGCUGUUGGGGAUGUAGACAGUACAGCAGCAGCAAACCUUGCUGCUGCUGCAGCAAAAGCAGCAGCAAAAGCAAAAGGGGCUGUAGUAGUACCAACAGAAGAGGAGGUAUUGGGGGCUGUACCUCCUUUGCUGCUGCUGCUGCGGCAGCAGCAUCAGCAGCAAAUGCUGCUGCUGAUUACUAUAGAGAGAGCAGCAGAGCUGCUGCGGACACCGCUGCUGCCAGCAACUGCUGCUGCACCUGCGGUGUCUCUUGAUGUCCCCCCAGAGACACGAGCAGAUAAUUUCCUGCAGCAGCUGCGGCAGCAGGUAGAGGAGCAGCAGCUGCAGCUGCUCGAUGAUGAGAGCAGCAGCACUCUUGCUUCCUUGUUGCUGCUGUGUGCUGAUCUGCUUAAAGGGGAUCCUCAGUUGCUGUUGCAGGGGCCCCCCGAGGGGCCCCCAGAUCCCGUAGGUGCUGCAGAGCUUCUUAUACAGAUUUGCUGCUGCAGCUGCUGCUGCAGCAGCAGCGACACAGCACUAGAAGCAGCGCUGCUGCUGCACCUCGUCCUCUUUGAGAAUAACGAGGCAACAGGACUAAAACCAUCAGAGGUUGGUGGCAUCAGUACCCGUCUUGCGCAGCUAACUCUUGGCUGCAGCAGCAGCAGCAGCAACAGCAAAGACAACAACAACAGCAGCAGUAGCGGUACCAGCAGUAGCAGCAGCAGCAGCAGCAGCGAAUCUAAACGUCCUGCAACCAGUGCAUGCAACAAUGGCAACAACAGCGAUGAUGAGAGACACAAGGAAGGCACAAAAGCCUCAAAGAAAGCCCAAGCAGCAGCAGCAGCAGGUAGCAGCCAUGCUACAGACCCAACUAGCAGCAGCAGCAGCAGCAGCAGCAGCAGCAGCAGCAGCAGCAGCAGCAGCAAGGAGGUGCAGGCAAUGGCGAGGCAGAUGAGGGAUGCCUCUGUUGCAUACUUUAGACGGCUGCUGCAGUCACCUGUAGGGCCAGACAUAAUAGAGAGGUCGCUGCUGCUGCUGCAGCAGCAACCUGAAUACAGCACAGAGCCAGAGAGAGCUGCUUCCGUGCUGCUGUUGCUGCAGCACUCACAGGAGGAGCAGCUAGAGAUGUACAGACGAGAGGUCCGACACCUUAUACGAUUCCUUAGCCAGCACGAAGUCUAA